AUGUUAUCUGUUCAUCAAUUGGUCGAUAACAGCGAUCUUACGAUUUGCAUCGAUAAUGAAGCAUUGUAUGAUAUCUGCGUUCGCACCCUGAAGGUGCCCAGCCCAGCCUUCCCAGAUUUGAACAAUUUGAUAGCUCAAGUCAUGUGUGGAGUCAGUACAAGUCUUAGGUUCCCUGGACAGCUGAAUGGCGACCUUCGAAAACUUGGAAUGAAUCUUAUUCCUUUCCCUCGUCUUCACUUCUUGAUGCCCAGUUAUGCUCCGUUCUACGAUCCUAAAGCCAAGCAUUUCGAGAAAAACUCAGUAUCGGAGUUGACCAAAGCCCGAUACCUUACGGCUGCUACUAUAUUCCGUGGUGACAUCUCUUCUAGAGAAGCUGAAGUGUCAGUUCACGAUCUUCAAAAGAAAAACUCUCAACAUUUCGUGGAGUUCGCUGAUGAAGCUACAAGGUGGAUACCCGAUAAUGUGUCCGUCUCACUUGUCCGUGUGCCUCCAGUAGGCCAGACUCAGUCGGCCACGUGUCUAUCGAAUUCAACCGCUAUCCAAGAACUUUUCAAACGAACUCUAGAAAGCUUCUCGGCUAUGUUCAAGCGAAGGGCGUUCUUGCACUGGUACACUGGAGAAGGCAUGGACGUUAUGGAAUUCUCUGAAGCAGAGAAUAAUACCUUGGACCUUGUUGCUGAAUACCAGCAGUACCAAGAAGCUACCAACGAUACCGAAGAGCUCGAUGCUGGGCAGCUUAAGCGACGGUCUUUCCUUUAUCCUGCUUUACCACGGCAGCUCCUCACUGAACGUACUGAGCAACUCGUGUUUUACUAUCAACUCCAGACCAAGAUGUCACUUCCUGCUCGUUUUAUUGACUUGAAAGUCCAGAUAGCAUCAUCAUAUCCUGAUUUUGAAAAAAAUGCGAUACGGACAUGGUCAGAAAUAUUGCAUGAGAUGAAUAAUGUGACGAAGACGAUUAUCGAAGAGGGCACUAAUUACGUUCCACAAGUCGAUUUCGCGGACCUGAACAAUCUAAGUUCCGAGGAAGUGGAGAAGAUUAAGAGAAAGGGUAGUGUGGUUAUCAGGAACGUCGUUCCGGACGAGCAAGCCAUCAAAUGGAAAGAAGAAUUGAAGGAGUUCGUAACCGUCAAUUCCACCGUGGAAGGACUACCUGAAGGCGACAAGCAGUUCUUCCAACUAUACUGGACCAAACCACAAGUUCAAGCACGCUCUCACCCAAACGUCCUGGCUGCGACAGUAUGGCUUAACAAUCUCUACACCGUAUCAUCCCAGGAAAGGGCGUCCACACUCGAGGGGGUGGAUUUAAGUGUACCACUGACUUACGCAGACAGGUUCCGCAUUCGUAAACCUGGAGUUUCUUGGGAUCUACACCCUCCGCAUGUCGACGGCGGUACCAUCGAACGCUGGGAAGAUACUUCCUUUAGGCGAUGCUUUGAACCGAUCUUCAAAGGCGACUGGAAGAGUCAUGAUCCUUUCGCACUUGAGGGACGACUCGAUGCACGGAGCUCGCUUUAUGGAAGGCCUAACCAGUCGAGUAUUUUUAGAAGCUUCCAGGGGUGGUUGGCAAUGAGCGAAACAGCGCCAACCCAAGGCACAUUGAAAGUUUUCCCCGACGUCUUGUUGUCCAACGCGUAUACUCUGCUGCGACCAUUCUUCACUCCUCUCGUCCCGGUUGAUUCAACAGACAUUUACGAUGGAAAGAAUUGGAAAUUCGACCUGAGCACACCGGAUUUCCCUGGUAUCAUACCCAGAGACGGUGGCUACGCCGGGCCCCGACCUACUCCUGAGCUCUACCCAAACAUGAGGUUAGAUGAGACCAUGACUUCGGUGCCCAAGGUCUAUCCAGGAGAUAUGGUCUUUUGGCACUGCGAUGUCGUUCAUUCGGUGGAAAGAGAACAUACUGGAACUGGUGACUCUGCAGUGAUGUACAUUCCUGCCGUUCCAUUGACACCUCAGAACCGGGCAUAUGUUGAACGUCAAAAGGAGACUUUCCUUGCUGGACAACGGCCUCCCGAUUUCCCAAAAGGUCCUGGAGAGGCAGAAUACAUUGGUACGGGUACGAUAGCGGAUGUGAUAAGUCAGGUUGGACAAAGGGCGAUGGGUCUUGUUGCUUAA